AUGUUGCGUUCUUUUGUCUCACUCGUUGCUAUAUUCUUUCUUUUCAAUUUCGCUGAAUCAUCACGUUACACAUUCGAAUUACCAGAUGGAGAACAUCGUUGCUUCUAUGCUCUUUUGGAAGAAGGGGAACGAAGUACCAUAGAGUUCCAGGUCAUAGCAGGUGGCAAUUUCGAUGUCGACGUUAUUGUUCACGAUCCUUUUAAGAAUCUUAUUAAGCAACUCGUGCGUGAACAGUACGAUUAUUUUGAACAUACUGCUAGAUUAUGUUUCGGCAACGAAUUUUCGUCGGUGACUCAUAAAGUGGUUUAUGUUAAUUGGGAAAUGGAAUCACAAAAGUCUCAGCUAAUAGGUGAAAAACCGGACUCCCCUCCGACAAUGAUGGACACAAUGAUAUACUCAAUCCAUGAGAAUCUGCGAAAUGCCGCAGCCGCUCAAACCAAAGUUCGCCUACAAGAGGCCACUUCCCGAAGUUUCAUUGAAGCCCUAAAUGAUCGGGUUACUUGGGGCUCCAUUACCCACGCAGCAAUCAUCGUCAUCGUUGCUGUUGGUCAGGUGUAUCUCUUGCGAUCUCUGUUCAACACUCCAUCUCAUGCUUCCGUUGGCGUCGCGAUUAACAGGAAUCGUGUCAUGCCCACUGUCGGAUAUUAG